AUGGUGAUCUCCUCUCAGAAGCGGCUGGCAGCCAGCAUCAAGAAGUGCGGUGUCAACAAGAUCUGGUUGGACCCGAAUGAGGGUACCGAGAUCAAGCAGGCCAACUCCCGAUUGGCCAUCAAGAAGCUCUUGAAGGAUGGUCUCAUCAUCCGCAAGCCGCAGGUCAUCCACUCCCGCGACCGCGUCCGUACCCACAACUUUUUUCUAGCCUUUAGUUGUAGAUUACUGCUCUGAAAACGAGUUUGAGGGCAGGGUUUCAUCAAUUUAUCGACGUGAUGAUUUAGAAAGAAUUAUGCUAGAAGUCGAAUUUUGUGCUUCUGAAAAAAGUACGCCAGGGUGAGUUUUCUAAAAGGCGCCUGGAAAAUUUUAUUUGAAUCGAUGUUCUCUACAAAUUCCUCGCCACAUGCACUCUCAAAAGAAAGGCCCACCUAGAGGUGCUGACUUUCUUUUCAUCAUAUCUUUCCGAAAAUUCUGAACAGGUAAGAACCUCGCCGCCAAGCGUAAGGGUCGUCACACCGGUACCGGUAAGCGUAAGGGUACCCGCGAGGCUCGUAUGCCCACCAAGGUCUUGUGGAUGCGUCGUAUGCGUGUCCUCCGUCGUUUGUUGAAGAAGUACCGUGAAGCUAAGAAGAUCGACAAGCACCAAUACCACAAGUUCUAUCUCAAGUGCAAGGGUACUCUUUUAGAUAAUCGAAGCAUCUAAAGUUUCAUGAAUAAGGUCGAUGUCGGCCUGUUUUCUCGGGCCUGAGAAUGCAGCUACAGACCAAACUCUUGAUUGAAAUCUAAAGACCGAACUCAUGCCAGGACCUCCAUCUCGCAUUGAAUUCUGUAUUUCUUUACGCUUUAUAGAUCCUUACUCGAGUCCCCUAUACUCAUUUCAGGUAACGUGUACAAGAACAAGCGUGUCCUCAUGGAGUUCAUCCACAAGGACAAGGCUGAGUACACCAAGAAGAAGGCUCUUGUCGAGCAGCAGGAGGCCAAGAAGCAGAAGGCCCGUGCCACUCGUGAGCGCAAGGCCGCUGCCAAGGAGGCCAAGAUCGCUGAGGAGAAGGCCAAGAAGUAAGUAGUCAACAUACCUUCUGCUUUUAGAACAACAGGACGGGAAAAGCCACACGGGAGACGAUGACAAAUAGCAGCCUUGAAGAGUGACGAGAGUUGUUGAAUCAUUUGCACGGUAUCUCCACGGAGGACGGAGCAGCUGCUUUCUACUAGCGAUGUCGGGACAGCGGGCCGAAAUCACGAAGAAAAGGAGCCUUUGCCACAGAGGAGAAACUAGCAGUUCGUUUCUACUGAGUAACAAUUCUUGUGACGGAGACAUAUCUGACCAAAGAAGAGUUAUGAAUGUGAAGAACUGUGUGUGCGAAUGUGACUAUCCAAAUCUAAACGGUAGAAAAAGCAAACGCGCUAAGCGAGUGCCUCUGCUGGGUCUUUUGCGCGACCUAGCGCGUUAAUAUACAGAUGUCGAAGCUGUGUUGUUCUCGGCUGUGAUGAAUUUAGUGCGAAGCAUAGACUGCGCCCGGAUUACGAUUUUGAUCACAGCCUCCUGUGAUAAUAUUGACAGAACUUUUUGAGUGAGGUGAUACUAGAGUGUCAUGAAUUACUUUUCUCUGACUAACCACGGCAGGGAUGAUCAGAGUCUCUGUGAAAUCGUCAAAGAUGAGAUGAAAGGCUACCCGUCAGAGAGACACCGGCAUAUAUUCCUCUGCGG